GUUCAAUCUAAUUGGACAAAAACCUAUCCAACCACUUUUCACGUAACACGGCUGCCGCCACAUUUUGAAAACAAAAAUGGCGACUGAGAAGGCUCAAGCGUUGCUUGAAAGAUGCGACCCUGAAUAUAUCGAUUUGUACGAUGGCGAAGAAUAUCUGGAGGCAGGGGAAGCAGAGUUGAUGGUGCCCUAUCUAUCUGAAAGUCGCAGCAAACAGAAGAUUUUGGGCAGACAGUUGUUUGUGCUGGAUUUGAUGAUACAGCUUUUGGAAACUCUGGACUCCCCAGGCCAGCUACUUAAUGAACCCUGCUCGAUAAACCUGAGUAAUGAUGCUCAUGUACGCUGGAAGGCCCUGAAGACUGAAUAUAAAGAUGGAGUCCAAGAGGUGGAGACUCUGAUCACCAACUUGCUGGACAGACUGGACAAACUGCACCAGAAAAAGGACCAACUGACUUCCCUGCUCUUAGUCCUGGAAAACAAGAAGGAGCUGAGCCUGCAGUUGGAGAAGUCCCUCCAGACUGCCCGCAAUACCAUGCGUGAUUGUGAGGGCCAGUUGGCCAAGCUGAGGGCGGGGGCUGAUGUCACCCUGGACCGCUUAGCCAACUGUCAGCGCUUGAGAGAUGUGCUACAGGGCUGCCUGGAGGAGACACAGGGGGCGAUGCAGUACAGGCUGCUUUCCCUGGGACCCUCUGAGCUGCAGUUGGAACUGAGGCCCUGCUUCUGUGGCCCCCCUGAUCAGCUGGAGCCCCUCAGGCUCACCGUAACCUGGACCCCAGAGGACCACUUUGUCCUGCAGGUGUGUCUGGGUACAGCAGGGCUGUUGGAGGAGUCCGUGAGAGGUCGUCUGACUGACCUCAGUACUGCCCUGCUGGAGGUCAUGCAGAGCUAUGUCAGCCAGGGAGCCAUGUUGACUGAGAUCCAGGCUUUGCACUCCAGAUUUGCCAUUGACUGGCGCCCUGGCCAGAGACUGCUGGUGUUCCUGAAGAGUGCCUCUGUUGUCUGUAACAUCGGGGUGGAGGAGGGCUACCCCUCGAGAGGAGCUGCCACCCUGAUCUCUAUUCGUAGGGACGGGGAACUGAUCAACACAGACAUCUUACAGCCAGCCCAGAAGGCUCCCUCUCUGACCGAGUGGCUGGAGUUCCUGUUGUCCAGUCCUCAUGUCUGACCAACCAUCCCCUCAACAGAGGUGGCUUUUUAUCUAUCUUGUCACAAGGGGGCGCCAUUACCUCUUGUCUGUAAAUACGAGAUUACUACAUUUUUAAUGUAGCUCUGGGGUACAUACAGUACUGUGCAAAGUCAUAGGCACCUGCAUGUCAAGCUAAGGCCAUUUGUUUUGGUAGUGUUUCAAUGAACAAAAAUCAUGUGUACAGUUGUAACAAUAAUUGC